AUGAUCUGCCGUGGGCGGGUGGAGAAGGCACCAACAUCUACGGUACCAGUAUCGCCUAAAGUAGAGUUCUGCAAGACAUUGCCACCAAAAGUGAAACCGCCAGUAGCACGGUCACCGUCUCCCAAACUAAGACCUCCAAUACCAAAGGCUCCUUCACCAGCGCCGUCGGCGAAGGCUUGCAUUCUGAGGAAGAGUCGAGAAGAUUGCAGCAAACCAUCACAGAUAAUACCGCCAGUGAAGAGAAAUCUGUCAAACGGCAGAAUCGCUCCUGCACGAACGACAGAGACAUCAUCCGGCCCUCCAGAAAUUGUCGAGGCGAGAGUGUCGCGUAUACCGAAACGAACGGAUAGCGUGAAAACGCCAAUUAUUGAGAGGAAACUGCCUCCACUUCCUAAAUCUGUGACACAGCGUAGUCACAGUGCUGAGGAAAAGGGUCGCGAGGAUGUAUGGAGUCGUCUGUACACGGACAAGAGGAACAUGCUCAGAAAGACUCGCGAUGUUGAUUCUUCUCGAACUUCAAUCGCAGAAAACGAAAUCACUACGACUAUGCCAUCUCCUUUACCAUCACCAUUAGGACAGCUUCGUCCACCAACUGAUUUCAGGGCACACUAUUUGCUGUGUAACGCACAACAGCGAUAG